UAACCUAAAAGAGCAUUUUAAAAUAUUUUUAAUUGCACAAAAUAUGUUGAUGCGUUACAAAUUGGUUCAUCAAAUUACUGUAACUUGAUCUUGAUUGUAAACCAAAUUAACAGUUCCGUUAGGAAAAUUGAAAUCUGCUAUUAAUCCUAUCUCGUCAGGGUACCAGCAGAUUGUAGUUAUAUCUAGGGGGCGUAGCGUAGCCUAUCUCUUUUGAUCGAAAAUAACACUUUACAUUCGCGUCAAAACUUUUUCAAGCAACCCUGCAAGGUCUGCUUUUAAAAAAACUGUUUGACAAAGGCAAAUAGAGGAAAAUUUUUCGAUUGCAAUGCUGUAAGCCAAGUUUCUCGAAAGCAGACAAAGGAAGAGAAAAAAUAUGAUGAAAACAGAAAACGACGCAUAGCCGUGGACCAUCACACAAAAGACUUUUUUACCACCUUGCAUAAUUUCACAUUUGUUUUGGCAUAAUUAAGUGUUUGAAACAGAACAGAACUGGCCUAAGUUAAAAGACUGUUCCUGCUUGGUCAACGUCAGCAUAAGCAUGUAAGACAGAGAUUUUCAAGUUCUAAGACACUGCCCAAAUACUGGUGUUUAUCAGCCAGAAGCUUGCACAACAGAGGAGCAGAGCCAUGUUAAGAUGCUCCACUUUUCAUGGCGCAAGGCGCUUAUUUGGCUUCUUACAGAGCACACCCAUGUCAACAUUUGUCCCAGAAGAUGCAUCUGCUUCUGUGGAUGAAAAGUAUGAUGCUGUUGUUAUUGGUGCUGGUCACAAUGGUCUCACGUCAGCUGCGUAUCUUGCAAAAGCUGGUUUAAAGGUUGCAGUGUUAGAAAGAAGACACAUUAUUGGUGGAGCUGCCGUUACAGAAGAAAUUGUACCAGGUUUCAAGUUUUCACGCUGCUCUUAUGUUCUGAGCUUAUUGCGCUCUAAAAUUGUGGAAGACCUUGAGCUUAAGAAGCACGGGUUGAAGGUAUACUCUAGGGAUCCUUUUUCUUUUGUGCCAUUACGCAAUCCAGGUCAGGAGCCAGGAAGCCCAAAAUAUUUACUACUUGGAGCUGACAUGAAAGAAAACGUGAGGCAGAUCGCUCAAUUUUCACAAAAAGAUGCAUUAGCAUAUCCAAAGUAUGAGGAGUACAUAGAAAAACUUGUUGUUGCUGUAAGUCCCCUUUUGGAUGAUCCGCCUCCGAAUUUGCAUGCUAUUGGCCAAGGUACUUUCUUAGAGAAAGCAAAGCAACUGAAAACAGCAGUUCCACUUUUAAAAUUAAUGACUAGCCUUGGAGGCAACUUUUUAUCAUUUUAUGAGCUAAUGACAACACCUGCAUCCAAGUUUCUUGACGCGUGGUUUGAAUCGGAGCCCCUCAGAGCAUCUCUUGCCACUGAUGCUGUCAUUGGUGCGAUGCUAAGUCCCCACACUCCAGGCAGCAGUUACGUGUUUCUUCAUCACUUGGUUGGUCAGGCUAAUGGAGUUAUUGGUGCCUGGGGAUAUCCAGAGGGUGGAAUGGGUGCUGUAUCUGGGGCUAUUGCCAAAGCAGCAACAUCAUUCGGCGCUAUCAUAGAGACAAAUGCAGACGUUAGAGAAAUUGCAAUAGCUGAUGGGGAAUCGAAAGGUGUUGUUCUCGCGGACGGAAGGUUCAUUAAAAGCCAUGUUGUUCUUUCUAAUGCAACCCCCGAUGUAACGUUUCUUAAAUUAGUUGACGAAAGCCACUUACCGGAGGAAUUUCGUGGCAACAUUUCUAGAAUUAACUACACCUCACCUGUUACUAAGAUAAAUGUUGCGGUUGAUAAGUUACCAAAUUUCAGAGUUUCACCCUCUAAUAAAGAUGGAACACCUUCUCCUCAUCAUCGAUGUACUAUUCACCUCAAUAGUGAAACAACUGAUGACGUACACAGUGCAUAUUUGGAUGCCCAACGUGGCAGAUGCUCUGACAACCCAAUCAUUGAAAUGUGCAUACCAUCAUCGUUGGACCCAACUCUCGCGCCAGCAGGGAUGCAUGUUCUAUCUCUUUUUAUACAAUAUACUCCAUACACACUUAAAGAUGGACAGUGGGAUGACGAUACAAGGGAAGGGUUUGCUGACAAAAUUUUUGACGUCAUUGAAGAUUAUUGCCCAGGAUUCAAAGAGACAGUUGUUGGGAGAGACAUAUUGACUCCUCCUGAUCUUGAAAAGAUUUUCGGCCUAACCGGUGGCAAUAUCUUCCACGGAGCUAUUUCUUUAGAUCAACUGUAUUUUAUGAGACCAGUCAGUGCCAUGUCGAACUACAAAAGUCCUGUUGAAGGGCUAUAUCUUUGCGGCAGUGGUGCUCACCCUGGAGGUGGGGUCAUGGGUGCACCUGGUUACCAGGCGGCUUCUGUUGCUUUGAAAAAGUUUGGUAAGAAAGUUUCCUAAGAUUGAAAGAGCAGUUUUUGCACCAUAGUAAAGAUAAAAUCAUGCCCUAUUUUAUAUGAAUUUUUUUAAAUAGUUUUAGGUUUGGAGUAUCAGUUAGAUAAAAAACGGAGUACUUUUUCCCAUUGAACUGUCAUGUUUGUCUGAUUAGCUUUCUAAAAGAAAAUGAUUAUAGCUACAGGAACAAAAGAAGGUUUUAUUUUCUGCCAAUGGGCUUAUGGUAUUAAACUCCAUGGCUUUUGAAAAUCUCCUUAAUCAGAGAACAUAUCCACUAACCUUUGUGCUAGUUAGUUCUGCAAACAUAACCUAUUCCACUGAACCCAUUCUUAAUCUAAACACAAAGUUCAACACUGGCCUUCUUAAUCUCUGUCCAGGAAAUUAUACUUUUUGUUGGCUGUCCAUUUAUAUUUCCAAGGACUUGGCUGAUAUAUCAGUGUUUAUGCUUCUUGAGCCCGAAAUGCAAUGCACUGGUCAAAGUCUCCCUUAGUCAUAAAACAAAUGUAUUUUAUACGAAUAGAAGCAUUUUAGCCAAAAGUGUGUUUAUCUACAAGUAGUAAUAUAUAGCUCGUUUGUAGAAAUAACUGCGGGUAGAUGUGUUCUUUUCUUGUUGAUUGUCUUGAUUUCAUAAAUCACGAAGUAUUGAUUAGAUCCAACAUUUUCAAAUCAAUUAUUUUAAGUAUUCUGCUAGAUUUCUAACAAAAAAAACUUUUUCUGUGCCUCAGCAGCAGCAACUUAAACAAAUCUUGUUAAUUAGCAAUUAAGAAAACUCCAUUUCUUCAGUUUACUAGAUUUGAGAACGGCGCAUGCCUCUCUGUCAGAGAUUUUCAAGGUGAAAUGAUCGUGUUUCAUCAUUAGUUAAGACUCAAAUGCUUUUAAAGUGCUCGGUAUAGGACGAAAAGGUAUCGUUUUGACUAAACUUUGCACAUUGUUGAAACCAAAGACGUUUCCUUUCUGGUCUCUAAAGACGUUCAAACAAAUAUAUUUUCGUUUGUACCAAAUUUCUGUAAUUUGAUCCAAAGCUGUUGCUAUGGCUACAAAAUCUGCUUUUUGUGACACACACUCACUUCGAAACGUCAGGCUAAUCCAUAUAUUGUCACGCCUUGGCUAAAACUUUUUAUUUAAAAUGUGGAUAGCUAGAAUCACAGAAAAGCCAUUUAUUAAUUAACACGAUUUGGCGAAGAGAAGCUGUGUUGCACGGCAGUUCUUCUUCUUUGAACAAAAGCUAUUGUUCGUCGUGUCUGCGUGCCAAGACAAUAACUUUAAGUCAACCAAAGAAUCCAGUUAUAUCCUUAUUAUACAGUGCCGUCUCUUGGUACCCUACAGUAGAUGUUUGUGUAUUACCAAUACACUCUUUUCUAUUUAUAAGAACAAUUUUAUAAGAACGCGAGCCUCAAAAUUGGUCAAAAGUUAUAAGAACAAUUUAAGAACAAGCUGAGGCCGAGCUAAUGUAAAAUGCAAAUGUUGAACAACCUUAUAUCUCAAAAACUAGGAUUUUCAACCAUGUGUGGGUGCUUUUUCGGUGAAUAUUCAAACAUGUCGGCAAAAAAGAUUGUAUAACUCACUUUGUUAGCAAAUAAGACCUGAACAACUCCCUAGAGCGAAAAAGCUAGCAAUCGCUCUGCUCACACCCUUUUAAUUUAAGAACAAAUUAAGAACAAUCCAGCCUCGGAUUUUCGAAAAAAUUAAGAACAGUCAGCCUGAACUUGAAUUUACUGGUUCUUAUAAAAAAGAGUGUAGCGCCACCAUCUUGCCUCUCAACUUUUUUUGCUUUCUAUAGUCUUCAGAGCUCCAGUUAUGACUCGGAUUGUCCAUGUGAUUCUGGCCAAAUACCAUAGUAACUUUUCAACCAACAUUGUUUGGGGAGAGAGGUUGCAAUGCCGGUUUCACUCUUAUGGCCGCCGAAGACAGGGAGCCAGGGUCAGGCACCCCACAGCCAUUGGGCUAGCAGGGGCUAAAGCCCACCCACUUUUUUGCAAUAACAGGUUAGAAAAUUUUUAAAAGUUUGCUCUAGCGCAAUUUUGGAAAAGUUUGGAAGUAGCAGUUCUUCUUGACUGGGAUACCUUUUUUGUUCAUUUUCUUGGCGUCUUAUCUUGUUAAUCUAUUUCAUAGUAAUUAUUAUCUUCUCUUAAAUAAAUGGAAAGAGGCAAGUGUUUUCUAAAAGGAGCGUUUUCCAGCGUUAGAAAGGGUGUGGCCUCACAAAAUUUUCGGUCACACCCUUCUCAGCCCAUCCACUUUUAGA